AUGGAUGAGGCACACUGUAUCAGCCUCUGGGGUGGUACUUUCAGGAAUGACUAUGCAGAACUUGGCGUCUUGUGUGGUCAUCUGCCUGCAAAUGUCCCGGUUCUUGGUGCAUCUGCCACUUUCCCAAGUCAUGUCCUUGAUGAUGUCUGUGCAAAGUUGAAGAUUGCAAAAGAUCAUGUUGCAGUUCGGAUGUCAAAUGCACGUCCAAAUGUUACUCUGUCAGUCUGUGUCAUGAAGCAUCCAGAAGAAUCAAAAGCCAACCUUGGGUUCACUAUUCUGCCCAAUACUACAUCUUUGCUCGAUAUUCCAGUUCAGUUGUGGCUCCCUGAAAGAGUGUCAUAUUCUUCAGUAGCCUUCUACCAUGUGAAGAUUGGAACCAAGCACAAGCGUGAAUUAGAAGAGGGCUUACAAAUAGGAAUCAUCCGCAUAUUGGUUUGCACAGACGCUGUUGGAAUGGGAUGUGACAUGAGGAAUAUUGAACAAGUUGUCUUAGCUGCUCGUGACUUAACCCAACUUGGCAAGGCAGUCCUUAUUGUUCCUACAAGUGUGCAGAAACAGGGCCUGACAACAGAAGAUGUUUCUGUUAGCAUAAAGGCCACAGUUACUCAACGUGAAGCAGAGAACUCACUUGAUAAUGACACCAGAUUAAACUCAACAACUCCGAUGCCAGUGAAUGGCAUGGAGAUCACCAAUGGCAAUGAGGCUGUACUGGUUGGAGAAGGUAUCUGUGUCAGUGGUGGAAGUGAUAAUGAGAUGGACAAAUGUGAUGAAACCGUCACAACAAAGUUAAAAGUCAAGAAAAGGGGGCGUGGCACUUCACAGAGUUGCAGCAGUCUUGAAGCUUGGUACCUCACAAAAUAUGCGAACACAACUGAAUGUAGACAUCAAGUCUGGGAUGAAUUUUUUCUCAAUCAUACCAAAAAAAGGCUUCUUUACCUGAUAAACACCACAUGGUGUCCCCUCCCAAACACUCGAUGUUGCGAUAACUAUACUUCAGAAUGUUUUCCAAUCGAAGCUAUCCAGCUUGACAAGCUUCCUAGGCUUAAAGCAGGGAAGAAAAAGAAGUUCCCAUCUGAACUUGAGGAACUGAUAUGCACAUGUUUGCGAGCCUGGCGGGACAAUGAGCUGCUGCAAAAGAUUUACUCUGACUGUGUCUCAAUUUCUGGCCCUACACUCAUAGGAGAUGAGAUUAUUGACCAGCUUGCUCCUCAACAGUAG